AAAACAUACGAAUAUUUCUUUUCAUUUAUUUCACCAAAAAAUGGGAUCCAUCUCAGAAAUGGUGUUCGAAACUUGUCCAUCUCCAAACCCAGUUCAUGUAAUGCUAGUGUCGUUUCAAGGACAAGGCCACGUGAACCCUCUUCUUCGUCUUGGCAAGCUCAUUGCUUCAAAGGGUUUACUUGUUACCUUCGUUACAACGGAGCUUUGGGGCAAGAAAAUGAGACAAGCCAACAAGAUCGUUGACGGUGAGCUUAAACCGGUUGGUUCCGGUUCAAUCCGGUUUGAGUUCUUUGAUGAAGAAUGGGCAGAGGACGAUGACCGGAGAGCUGAUUUCUCUUUGUACAUUUCACACCUAGAGACCAUUGGGAUACGAGAAGUGUCGAAACUUGUGAGAAGGUACGAGGAAGAGAAUGAGCCUGUCUCGUGUCUGAUUAAUAACCCGUUUAUUCCAUGGGUCUGCCACGUGGCGGAAGAGUUCAACAUUCCUUGUGCGGUUCUUUGGGUUCAGUCUUGUGCUUGUUUCUCUGCUUAUUACCAUUACCAAGAUGGCUCUGUUUCUUUCCCGACGGAAACAGAGUCUGACCUCGAUGUUAAGCUUCCUUGUGUUCCUGUCUUGAAGCACGACGAGAUUCCUAGCUUUCUCCAUCCUUCUACUCCGUUCGCCGGUUUACGAGAAGCCAUUCUUGGACAAUUCAAGAAUCUGAGCAAGUCCUUCUGUGUUCUAGUCGAUUCUUUCGACGCAUUGGAGCAGGAAGUUGUCGAUUACAUGUCGAACCUUUGUCCCGUUAAGACCGUUGGACCGCUUUUCAAAGUCGCUAAAACUGUUACUUCCGACGUAAGUGGUGACAUUUGCAAACCGACGGAUAAAUGCCUCGAGUGGUUAGACUCGAGGCCUAAAUCAUCCGUUGUCUACAUUUCGUUCGGGACAGUUGCAUAUUUGAAGCAAGAACAGAUCGAGGAGAUCGCUUACGGAGUUUUGAAAUCGGGUUUAUCGUUCUUGUGGGUGAUUAGACCUCCACCGCAUGAUCUAAAGGUCGAGACUCAUGUCUUGCCUCAAGAACUUAAAGAGAGUAGUGAUAAAGGUAAUGGGAUGAUUGUGGAUUGGUGUCAACAAGAGCAAGUCUUGGGUCAUCCUUCAGUGGCAUGUUUCGUGACACAUUGUGGAUGGAACUCGACGAUGGAGUCUUUGUCUUCGGGUGUUCCGGUGGUUUGUUGUCCGCAAUGGGGAGAUCAAGUGACUGACGCGGUGUAUUUGAUCGAUGUUUUUAAGACCGGAGUUAGACUAGGCCGUGGAGCGGCAGAGGAGAGGGUUGUACCAAGGGAGGAAGUGGCGGAGAAGCUUUUGGAAGCGACGGUUGGGGAGAAGGCAGAGGAGUUGAGGAAGAAUGCUUUGAAAUGGAAGGCGGAGGCGGAAGCAGCGGUGGCUCCUGGAGGUUCGUCGGAUAAGAAUUUUAGGGAGUUUGUGGAGAAGUUAGGGAUGGGAGUAUCGAAGGUUAAGGAGAACGGACACUAGGCUAAAGUGUCGACUGUCUUAAUUCUAUUUGAUUAUGCAUUAUUAUUGUUUCAUCUCUCUCUAUGGUGUAUUAUAAAGUUUAUUUGUUUUGUAUUUGUUAACCAUGGUAAAAUUGAUUAAUUCUAUGUUUUGGCAAAUUCCCUAUUAAACUUGAAAAACUUCA